AUGGCGGACGCGGCUGCGAGACAGCUGCAAUAUGAAUAUAAAGCGAACUCCAAUCUUGUACUACAAGCUGAUGUUCGUCUAAUAGAGAGACGAGGACGGGAUGAGGCAACCGGGGAGGUGCUGUCCCUGUCCGGAAAGCUGGGUGGCACUCGUAUGGGUGAUAGGGCACAACGGACAAAGCCAGAUAAAGCGGAGGAGAGAAAAGCAAAGCGUCAGAAACGCGACGAGGCGUCUUACGAGCUCUCCAAGUCGAAGAGCGCUCGCGCCGCCUGGGCGGAUGACACACCCGGAGUGCUGUACAGGCCUAGGGCCCAGCACACUAGGCAUGCGUACGAAUUGAUGCUCUCCUUCAUGCAGAGCGCUCUUGGUGACCAGCCGAGGGACGUGCUAUGCGGUGCCUGUGACGAGGUGCUUGUUGUGCUCAAGAACGACAAACUCAAAGACCCAGAGAAGAAGAAGGAGAUUGAGCUCCUCCUCGGGCCCAUAGCAGACGAGAGGUUCGCCCUGCUGGUGAACCUGGGCAAGAAGAUAACAGACUUCAACAUCAGCACAUCGGCCGAGGGUAGCACAGAAAUCGACGAGACAUACGGCAUCAACGUGCAGUUCGAAGAGUCCUCUGAGGAGGACGAUGAAGAUGCUUAUGGAGAGGUCAGAGAUGAAGAUAAAGAAGAUGGCGAGGGUUCAGAAAAUGAACAAGACAAAGAGAGCAGCGCAGAAGAUGACAGUGAUGGAGAAGGAAAGAAGAAUGCAAUACACGCCAAUCUCACCGAAGAGCAGACGCAGAAGCGUCGAGACGCGACUCUUCACCCCAUGGACAUAGACGCCUACUGGCUACAGCGACGCCUCUCAAGGCACUUUUCUGACGCCAUGUUGUCACAAGCCAAAUCCAGCGAGGUGCUAAAAGCCCUCGCGGAGGCCGCCGACGACAGGGACCUGGAGAACAGGCUGGUGCUGCUUCUCGGUUACGACUGCUUCGAGUUUGUCAAAGUCCUCAACAAAUACAGAUACACAAUAUUGUACUGCACAAAGCUGGCCUCAUCACAGUCAGAGAGCGAGAGGGCUGCCAUUCGAGAGGAGAUGUCGAAGCAGCCGCAUCUGCAGAAGAUCUUGGCGCAGUUGGAGACAGGGAAAGGGGAUGAAGAGAUGGCGCAGCAGUCUGAGGUGCCCAGGAAAAGGCAGAAGACGGAAGCCGAGAGUACAGAAGGCGCCGGCCAGGUGACUGGCUCUCGAAAGGUGCUGGCCCUGGAUGAACUGGUCUUUGCAGCUGGCUCCCACUUUAUGGCAAACAAAAGGUGCCAGUUGCCACCAGGGUCCUUCAGGAAACAGCGGAAAGGCUAUGAGGAGGUGCAUGUGCCAGCUCUGAAACCGAAACCAUUCGAGGAGGACGAGACCCUGGUGCCAAUCGAGAAGCUGCCCAAGUAUGUGCAGCCAGCCUUCGAGGGCUUCAAGACGCUGAACAGAAUACAGAGCCGGAUCUCGAAGGCGGCGCUGGAGACCGACGAGAACCUGCUGGUGUGCGCGCCCACCGGCGCCGGGAAGACCAACGUGGCGCUGCUCUGCGCGCUCAGGGAGGUCGGCAAGCACGUGAACGACGACGGAACGGUGAACGUGGGCGACUUCAAGGUCAUAUACGUGGCGCCGAUGCGCUCGCUCGUGCAGGAGAUGGUUGGCAACUUCAGCAAGCGCUUGGCAGCAUACAACAUGAAGGUCUCUGAGUUGACAGGCGACCACCAGCUGACCAGGGAGCAGAUUGACGCCACACAGCUGAUAGUCUGCACCCCGGAGAAGUGGGACAUCAUCACUAGAAAAGGAGGCGAGCGCUCGUUCACCAACCUGGUGCGGCUGAUCAUCAUCGACGAGGUGCACCUGCUGCACGACGAGCGGGGGCCCGUGCUCGAGGCGCUCGUGGCGCGCACGCUGCGCACGGUCGAGCACACGCGCGAGGAGGUGCGACUCGUCGGUUUAUCGGCUACCCUGCCGAACUACUCGGACGUCGCUGCCUUCCUCAGGGUCCGACCCGAGAAGGGACUCUUCUACUUUGACAACUCGUUCAGGCCCGUGGCACUAGAGCAGCAGUACAUUGGCGUCACGGAGAAGAAGGCUCUGAAGAGGUUCCAAGUCAUGAACGACAUCGUCUACGAGAAGACGAUGGAGCACGCGGGAAGAAACCAGAUCCUGGUGUUCGUGCACUCGCGCAAGGAGACUGGGAAGACGGCGCGCGCGAUCAGGGACAUGUGCCUGGAGAAGGACACCCUCGGCCAGUUCCUCAGGGAGGGCUCGGCCAGCGUGGAAGUUCUGAGGACGGAGGCGGAGCAGGUGAAGAACCCGGAACUGCGUGAGCUGCUGCCGUACGGCUUCGCGAUCCAUCACGCCGGCAUGAGCAGGGUGGACAGGACCCUGGUCGAGGACCUGUUCGCCGAUAGGCACAUACAGGUGCUGGUGUCAACGGCAACCCUCGCGUGGGGCGUGAACCUACCCGCGCACACGGUGGUGGUGAAGGGCACGCAGGUCUAUUCGCCGGACAAGGGCAGGUGGAGCGAGCUGGGCGCCCUGGACGUGCUCCAGAUGCUCGGCAGGGCGGGCAGACCGCAGUACGACACCAAGGGAGAAGGCAUCCUCAUCACGAACCACUCGGAGCUGCAGUACUACCUCUCGCUGCUGAACCAGCAGCUGCCCAUAGAGUCGCAGAUGGUCAGCAAGCUGCCCGAUAUGCUCAACGCCGAGAUCGUCCUUGGCUCUGUGCAGAGUGUCAGGGACGCUGUCACUUGGCUGGGCUACACGUACCUGUACGUGCGGAUGCUGCGAGCGCCCUCCCUCUACGGCAUCACGCCGGAGAAGAUGCAGGAGGACGCGCUGCUGGAGUCGCACCGCGCCGACCUGGUGCACACGGCCGCCUGCCUGCUGGACAAGGCCGGACUGAUAAAGUACGAGCGCAAAUCGGGCCACCUGCAGCCCACCGAGCUGGGCCGCAUCGCGUCCCACUACUACUGCACGUACGAGACGAUGCAGUCGUACAACCAGCUGCUGAAGCCGACCCUCGGCGAGAUCGAGCUGUUCCGCGUGUUCUCGCUCUCCGCCGAGUUCAGGAACAUCGCGGUCAGGGACGAGGAGAAGCUCGAGCUGCACAAGCUGAUGGAGAGGGUGCCCAUACCGAUCAAGGAGAGCAUAGAGGAGCCGUCAGCGAAGAUCAACGUCCUGCUGCAGGCGUACAUAUCGCAGCUGAAGCUGGAGGGGUUCGCUCUGAUGGCGGACAUGGUCUACGUCACGCAGUCAGCGUGCAGGCUGCUGAGGGCGAUAUUCGAGAUUGUUCUGCACAGAGGUUGGGCGCAGCUGGUGGACAAAACCCUGGCGCUCUGCAAGAUGGUGGACCGGCGCAUGUGGCAGUCGAUGUCGCCCCUCCGCCAGUUCAGGAAGAUGCCCGAAGAGGUGGUCAAGAAGCUGGAGAAGAAGAACUUCCCGUGGGAGAAGCUCUACGAGCUGGGCCCCAACGAGAUAGGCGAGCUGGUGCGCGCCCCGAAGCUGGGCAAGAUGAUCCACAAGUACGUGCACCAGUUCCCGAGGCUCGAGCUGGCCACGCACAUCCAGCCCAUCACCAGGUCGACCCUGAGGGUGGAGCUCACCAUCACACCCGACUUCCAGUGGGACGAGAAGAUCCACGGGCAGUCGGAGGCGUUCUGGGUGCUGGUGGAGGACGUGGACUCCGAGGUGGUGCUGCACCACGAGUACUUCCUGCUGAAGCAGAAGUACUGCCGCGACGAGCACCACGUCAAGCUGUUCGUGCCGGUCUUCGAGCCGCUGCCGCCCCAGUACUUCCUGAGGGUCGUCUCCGACAGGUGGAUAGCCGCCGAGACCCAGUUGCCGGUCUCCUUCCGCCACCUGAUCCUUCCGGAGAAGAACCUGCCUCCCACGGAGCUCCUGGACCUCCAGCCGCUGCCCGUGUCCGCACUACGGAACCUCAAAUACGAGGCGCUCUACAACGAGACCUUCCCGCAGUUCAACCCGGUGCAGACCCAGGUGUUCAACGCGGUGUACAACUCGGACGACAACGUGUUCGUGGGCGCCCCCUCCGGCUCGGGCAAGUCCGUGAUCGGCGAGCUGGCGCUGCUGCGGCUGCUGUCGAGCAACGCGAGCGGCCGGGCGGUCUACCUGCUGCCGAAGGACGCGCUGGCGGACAUCGUCUUCGCCGACUGGUACCACAAGUUCGGCGCCAAGUUCAACCUGAAGGUGGUACAGUUAACUGGUGAAACAGCCACCGACCACAAGCUUCUGAACAAAGGCCAAAUCAUAAUAAGCACAGCUGAGAAGUGGGAUGUACUGUCUAGAAGGUGGAAGGUGCGGAAGAGCGUCCAGAACGUAUCACUGCUGGUGGUGGACGCUCUGCAGUUGCUCGGCGGCGAGGAGGGACCAGUCCUGGAGGUCGUCUGCUCCAGGAUGCGCUACAUAUCCUCGCAGAUAGGAAAACCCAUCCGCAUAGUGGCGCUCUCCCUGCCGCUGGCGGACGCGCGCGACGUCUCCCAGUGGCUGGGCUGCAACGCCAACGCCUGCUUCAACUUCCACCCGAGCGUGAGACCUCUGCCUCUGGAGCUGCACAUACAGGGCUUCAACAUCUCGCACGCCGCGUCGCGGCUCGCCGCGAUGACGAAGCCGAUCUACAGCGCGGUGUGCCGCUUCGCGGGCGGGCGGCCGUGCGCCGUGUUCGUGCCGUCGCGGCGGCACGCGCGCCUGCUCGCCGCGGACCUGCUGGCGCUCGCGGCCGCGGCGGGCCGCCCGGCCGGCUUCCUGCGCGCCAGGCCCGACCUGCUCGCGCCCUUCCUCGAGCGCGUGCGCGACAAGAUGCUGAAGGAGACGCUCGCCGCCGGCGUGGCGUACCUGCACGAGGGCGUUGAGCCUUCGGACAGGCGGCUGGUGCAGCAGCUGCUGGGCCUGGGCGUGGUGCAGCUGUGCGUGGUGGCGGCCGAGCUGGCGUGGGCGUUCGCCGCCCACGUGCACACCGUCAUCGUGGCCGACACGCACGUUUACAACGGCAAGCUGCACUCGUACGAGCAGUACCCGAUCACCACGGUGCUGCAGAUGCUGGGCCGCGCCUGCCGCCCGCUGGAGGACGAGCGCGCCGUCGCCGUGCUCAUGUGCGCCGCUCACCACAAGCCCUUCUUCGCCAAGCUGCUCAACGACUGCCUGCCGCUAGAGAGCCACUUGGACCACAGGCUGCACGACCACAUGAACGCUGAGAUAGUGACGAAGACCAUAGAGAACAAGCAGGACGCCGUGGACUACCUCACGUGGACGUUCCUCUACCGGCGGCUCACGCAGAACCCCAACUACUACAACCUGCAGGGGGUCACGCACAGGCACCUCUCCGACCACCUCUCCGAGCUGGUGGAGACCACGCUCUCGGAGCUGGAGCAGUCCAAGUGCAUCGCCAUCGAGGACGAGAUGGACGUGAGGCCGCUCAACCUUGGCAUGAUAGCUUCAUACUACUACAUCAACUACACGACGAUUGAGCUGUUCAGCCUGUCGCUCACCAGCAAGACCAAGAUCCGCGGUCUCCUGGAGAUCAUCUCUUCGGCGGCAGAAUACUCUGAUCUGUGCAUCAGGCACAAAGAGGAGAACAUCAUCAAGACCCUCGCCGCCAAGGUGCCCCACAAGCCGGCGGCGGGGCCCGGCGGGGGCGCCCCGCGCUACAACGACCCCCACGUGAAGGCGCACGUGCUGCUGCAGGCGCACCUCUCGCGGAUGCAGCUGCCCGCCGAGCUGCAGGCGGACACCGCCGUGGUGCUCACCAAGGCGAUCCGGCUGAUCCAGGCGUGCGUGGACGUGGUGUCGAGCAGCGGCUGGCUGUCGCCGGGCGUGGCGGCCAUGGAGCUCGCGCAGAUGGUCACGCAGGCCAUGUGGGCCAAGGACUCGUACCUGCGCCAGCUGCCCCACUUCACCAACGAGAUGGUGCAGCGCUGCGCCGAGAAGGGCGUGGAGACGGUGUUCGACGUGAUGGAGCUGGAGGACAACGCGCGUGCCAAGCUGCUGCAGCUGUCGCCGACCGAGAUGGCGGACGUGGCGCGUUUCUGCAACAGAUACCCCAACGUGGAGCUCACGUACGAGGUGAAGAACGAGAGGCGGCUGCGCGUGGGCAAGCCGAUAGUGGUCGAGGUGUCUCUGGAGAGGGAGGACGAUAUCGUGGGACCGGUCAUAGCGCCCUACUUCCCACAGAAGCGCGAGGAGGGCUGGUGGGUGGUGGUCGGCGAGCCGAAGAGCAACAGCCUGCUCUCGAUCAAGCGCGUCUCGCUAGCGCGCGCCGCCCGGCUGCGGCUGGACUUUGUUUGCGGCGCGGCGGGCCGGCACGCGUACACCCUCUACUUCAUGUCCGACUCGUAUCUGGGGGCCGACCAGGAGUACAAGUUCACGGUGGACGUGGCCGAUGCGCCGGCCAGCGACUCGAGCGGCUCCGAG